UUUUUGGCGAAUAAAACAGUCCCUACGCUAUACGAAGUACAUCGUUUUCUGGAGCCUCGCGGUACUCCAGUCCCAGGUAUAACAGAAACGAUGAUUCAGUUGCACUGCCCAUCCAAGACCUGGAUUUCCACACCACCCCCUUCAAGAUUCUAUCAGAUUUAUCCUUAUACGAGAAAGUCAUUGCCAUGCCCCUGCUUGUGCAACCCUUAUUCAGCUUUACGGAGGACUCAAUCAUCAGUAACCAAAAACGGGAUGACCAAUAUCAAUUAUCAGAAGAAAUGUAGGAAGCUGGACUGCUUUCUGACUACAAAUGCUUUGGGGUAUUUCAAUUCUUUGCUGCGGACAAUGCAUCCGAGUAGUAACUCUCAGAUGUGUUCCAAAAAGUGCACACAGGGUUUCCUAGAAAGACAUACUGUAGCAGCAUUGCCAUCAUAUGUCACCAGUAGAUUGAUACAUCUAGUUUCCGUGAAUAUGGAGACAACUCUAUUGCAUGGACUUUUCAUCUAUGCGAUUCAAGCAUUUGGUGCACAGAGUUUGCCUUUUGCUUGCAUGUCUAAUAACUUGAGCAAACCAACACCACUUGGACUGGAUGUGGUAUUGCCUUCACUAAAGGAUAUCAACUGGAGUUUUGCGCGGAUUAUAUAUUUGUUCAACAUUCAACUUGAGAAAAAUGUUGCCAUGUUUUUUAUCGUGCUCCUUGUCUCAUGUUUCAUUUUUGUUCUGAUUGGUGGUUUCCUCUUCUUUAAGUUCAGGAAGGAUACACAUUCUCUUGAGGACUGCUUUUGGGAGGCUUGGGCAUGCCUGUGUUCAUCAUCUACUCAUCUCAAACAAAGAACACGGAUUGAACGUGUGAUUGGCUUUGUGCUUGCGGUAUGGGGCAUUUUGUUCUAUUCUCGUCUUCUAAGCACAAUGACGGAACAAUUCAGGGAUAACAUGCAAAAACUUAGAGAGGGAGCACAGAUGCAAGUUUUGGAAACCGAUCAUAUUGUUGUUUGUGGAGUUAAUAGUCGCCUAGCAUUCAUACUAAAACAGCUAAAUAAUUAUCAUGAAUUCUCUGUUCGCUUAGGUACUGCCACAGCUAGACGACAGCGAAUCCUUCUCUUAUCUGAUCUCCCUAGACGGCAGAUAGACAAAAUUGCUGACAGCAUGGCAAAAGAUCUCAAUCAUAUUGACAUUCUUACAAAGAGUUGCAGUCUAAGUUUGACAAGAUCUUUUGAAAGAGCUGCGGCAAAUAAAGCGCGUGCAAUUGUUAUAUUGCCAACAAAAGGAGAUCGGUACGAAAUUGAUACUGAUGCUUUUCUGUCAGUACUAGCCCUCCAACCUCUUCAAGAAAUGGCCUCUGUGCCCACUGUAGUUGAGGUAAGUGAUUGCCAACUUUACCUCAUAUGUCUCUUAUCAUUAGCAAACGCUCUCGCCGACUCAGUGCCUUUAUUGCAUGCAGGUCUCAAGUUCCAAUACUUGUGAGCUUUUAAAGUCUAUUUCUGGAUUGAAAGUACAUCCUGUGCAAAAUGUUACGUCCAAGUUAUUUGUUCAGUGCUCUAGGCAGAAGGGGCUCGUAAAAAUAUACAGACAUUUGCUUAACUAUCGAAAAAAUGUGUUUAAUCUCCGCAGCUUUCCUGACCUGGCUGGAUUAAGAUAUAAGCAAUUAAGACGUGGUUUUCAAGGGGUUGUUGUCUGUGGUCUCUAUCGAGGAGGGAAGAUAUAUUUCCACCCAAAUGAUGAUGAAAUUUUAGAAGAAAAUGAUAAAGUUCUGUUUAUUGCGCACAUACAAGGGAAAACACUUCCACGGCUUGAUGAUUCUAAUGGUACAGAAGAAUGCGAAGAUGUUAAAGAUGGUAUUGAAAAUGUGAAAGAUGGUAGAUUAUCAAGUCAUAUUCAGGACAUUAGAAAAGCACGCCUUGAGAAUAUUGUCAAGCGAACAAGAUUUAGAUCUAAGGCAUCAGACUGGUCUUUGGGACCAAAAGAGUGUAUUCUUGUUCUUGGGUGGCGCCCAGAUGUUGUGCAAAUGAUUGAAGAAUAUGACAAUUAUCUGGGACCUAGUAGUGUUUUGGAAGUCUUGUCAAAUGUUCCCUCGGAGGACAGAAUUAACGCAAGCAGACUUGCUGGUCAUGGAAAGCUGAGGAAUGUGAGAGUUUCUCACAGGAUUGGAAAUCCAGUGGACUACGACACCUUGAGGGACACAAUUGUACACAUUCAAAAAUCAUUAAAGAAAGAUGAAGAUAUUACAUUCUCCAUUGUUGUCAUACCUGAUCGAGAAUGGCUCCUUGGAGAUCCAUCCAAGGCAGACAAGCAAUCUGCGUAUUCUCUUCUCCUUGCUGAAAACAUUUGCAAUAAACUUGGGGUGAAGGUUCAAAACCUAGUUGCAGAAAUUGUUGAUUCCAAGUUUGGGAAACAAUUGCAGAAAACUAUGAAUUGAAUGAAGUCUGGAAAGACAUUCUGGAUGCAGAGGGGGAUGAAAUAUAUGUUAAGGAUAUCAGCCUGUACAUGAAGGAAGGGGAGAAUCCUUCCUUUGCGGAGCUCUCUGAAAGAGCAUAUUUGCGAAGAGAAGUUGCCAUUGGUUAUGUCAAGAGAAACAAAAAUGUAUAUUUACACACAUAUGCUUUGCUUAGAAGACGACAUUUUAGGAAUCAUCUCAUAAAUUGAACUGAUCAAUACAGGUUCUCAACCCAAAUCCCAAGUCAGAGCCUCUUUCUCUUCAACCUGGUGAUUCCCUGAUAGUUAUCUCUGAACUAGAAGGAGAACAGCCUGUGGUCAUUGAACCAGAGUCUUGAAGUUUGGUAGUUUAUAUAUAUUGCAUCUGGAAAAGGUGCAAAUAAGCCCCUCUUUAGUGCAGAUUGACCCAUAAUUUUUUUAGGUGCAAAUAUAACUUCAAUAUUUUAUUCAAGGUCAUAUUGGCCCUUAUUUGCCUUAAAAGGCUAAAAUUAAAAGCAUAAAGAUCUUCAGAAAUUAUUAAAUAAAUGGAUGAAGUUUGAAAGAGACAUAAUUUAGAAAUACUUUUUCAAAAAAUUAAAUAAAUGCUGCCACAUAAAAUAUAUAUGAGUUAAUUAUCAAAAUAGGACUAAAAGUCAUUCACUUUUCACAAAUAGGAUCAAAAAAUAAACUAUGUUUGCACAGGACUAAUUAUGUGUACCUUGGACAAUUAUACCCUUAUAGCUAUUAAAAUGUUUUAAUUCCUAAUAAAAUAAUAAAAAAUAAUAAAAAAUCGUAAAAAAUACUAAAAUAUUAAGAAAAACAUUUCGAUAUUAAAAAUAUAAUUAAUUUUUUUUUUCAAAAACUUAAAAAAAUUAAAAAAAAAAUUAAAAAAAAAAACUAAAAAAAAAUCGCAGCCGCCUCAGCACCACCACCUCCAGUCACCGGGGAAAAAAAAUGCCAAGUUCAUUACGAAUGCCAUAUUUAUGGCAGAAAAAAUGAAAAUGUUGGCAUUCGAAAAGAGAAAUAUGCCACUUUUUUGGCAUUUUCAGAAAAAAAUGGCAUUUUUCUGGGAAAAUGACAUUUUUUUCAUCGCCCGGAGGUGAUGGUGCUGGGAGGUAGUACAGUCGGUGGGAAAGGCAUCCAUAUUUUUUUAAUUUUUUUUUACGGAGUUUUAAUAUUUUUUAUUAAUUUUUUUAAAAAUAAAAUUAUUUAAAAAAAGUUUUUGAAUUUUUUAUUUUAUAAAAAUUUUAUACAUUUUUUAAUUAUAUUUCUACGAAUUUUUGAAUUUUUUUCGAAUUUAUUAUGAAUUAAACAUUUAAUUAUGGCUUUUGACUAUUUUUAAUUCAUAUUUAAUGGAAGGGUAAGAAUGGAAUGCAAAAAUAGGUAUGUUUCCAAUAGGACUUAUAUGGUUCUAUUUUGGAAUAAAAACAUAGCAAGUCCUAUUUUAGGUUUUUGCCAUAGUUUUAGUCCUAUUUGAACUAAUUUCUAAAUAUAUAUUUGCAGCGCGUUUAUCUUAGUUUUUUGUUGUGUCUUGUUUCCUUACACAUUACCUAAACAUGUCUUUCAAAAUGAAACACAUUUUGAUUUUCCAUCACAAAUUUGAACGCUAUUAAUUCAAAUAUCUUUAGAAAAGAAGGUGCAAUUUAUUGUGUAUUUGUGUCUAAAUGAGCAAUAAAACGUAAAAGUUAUUAUUUUUUAAAACUGCUAUGCAUAUAUUUUACAACUAUGGAACAUAUAAAUCUUACUUGAUGUUAAAAUUAUUAAAAUUUCUUAUUUUCUAUUUUAUUCUUUCAUUAUUUUUCAUUCGUUACAAUAACACCCAAGCCUUAUUCUCAAAAAAAAUUGAGAUCGAUUAACAUGAAUAAAUUCAUGAUAUCGUAGCCAAAAUGAAAAGAAAAAUAAGAAAAGUAAAAAAUGGGUAAGAUAAAAAGUAUAACAUAAAGAUAAAGAUAAAUAUAGGAUAAAACAAAAUAAGAAAGAGAAAAGAUGAAAAUAACAUAAGAAAAAUAAAGAAGAUAAAUUAUGACCUUUUUUUACUAAUAUUACUAAAUUAAAUAAGAAAGACAAAUAUAUGACUAAGUUGUAAGUUUUCCAAAAAUGUGAUUGAACAUACUUUUCCUUUCCCUUGUAAAUACGGAUUCUUAAAUUUUUUACGGAGUAUUAUUUUUGUAUUAUAUUUAGGGAUGGACUAAACUGGGCCGGGCCGGGCCGCUACUAUGCGGGCCUAGAUCGGACCGGGACCGGUUGGACGGUUCCAGGCUUUUAGCCUGUUUGGGCGGGCCGGGUUCGGACUCAAUUUUGGGCGAACCGGCCCGGGUCAAUUUUUUUUGCUUUUUCAAUUUUUUUUUCUGUUCCUAGGGUAGGGCUGGGUGUUUUAGGGAGGUUUGGGGCUGGGGGUGGGGGGGGGGGGGUCGGGGGAUAACAAGAAAGCAAAAAAAAAUAGACAUUGAACCGGGCCCGGCCCGGUUAGGCUCGGACCCGGUAUCAACCCGGGCCGGUUCCGGGCCCAAGGAUUUGCAAAAAAAAAAAAACCGCCCGGACUCGGCCCGGGUCCAUCACUAAUUAUAUUUAUUAUCAUUAAGAAGCAAUUGAUUGUUCUCAACCACCACCACAGCCAUCACUGCCAGAAGUAUCACCACCACCGCACCGCUGGCAGUACCGUCGCAGCCUCCGGCAGUAUUGUCGUCGCCGCCAUCACUGUCAGCACAGAUCUGCUGCACACAUCUCCAUUGACUCCAUCCUUGUCCAGUGAUUAUGUUUGUCAACGCCCAGUGACUCAUCCAUUGCUUAGUGACGGCAAUGUUCAGUGACAACCGUCGUCUACAUUCAGUGAAACCCUAUGCUCAAUUCGAGUGACUAGCGAUUGCCGCCGCAGUAAUCGUUGUGGCAGUGACUGUCGUCGCAGUGACUGCUAUCAUGUCCAGUGACGGUCCCAUAAUGACUCACCAGUCCCAACCCCUUCUCCAGAAUUGCAUAGCCAGUGCCAUAUCCCCCUCCCCACUCCCAACCUCCCAUCCCCUUCCCCGGCGCUGCCCAGCUAGUGCUCCACCUCCCGCACCCCACCCCACCUGCUGAAAACAGAGCUAUCCCACCUCACAAAGACUUUGCCGUCCGUAGCUAUCGUUGACCGUCGUUGCCCUUGCGCCGUCGUAUCCAAAGCCGAUGGGUUCGUCGCUAUCAACCCCAAUCGCGCACAAUAGAAAGACAAGAAGACGAUAAGAGCAGAAUUCACGAUGAGGCAGUGACGGUGCGUGGCAGUAGGGCGAGGGUGAAUGCGUGUGACGACGGCGGAUGUGCCCAAAGGCGGCAGAUGUGCUCAAAUCUGAGAUGGAGAUAUCUGGGAUAGAAGAUGUGGAGGGGGUGGCUUCAUCCUGUUCUUCUGUGUCAAAAGAAUGUUGCGAUAUGCCUUUGGUAGGAUAUGCAUGUAUUAUUGGGAUUUAGGGCUAUGUGGGUUGUAUUUAGA